UUAAAAUAGUAUUCAAAUGAUACAAUCCAUUAUAUUACACAAAUAACUUAUGUUUGUAUCCUGGAGUAUAUACUGUAUAUACAUGCUGAGCCUUAGUACUGCAUACAAUUACCAAUGCAAGCAAUAAUGUGUUAACAUGCACCCAAUCACAGAUUUAAAAUGUUUUGCCUUUAUGUAAGUAUGUAUGUAUGUCAAUUAUGGCCCCCAUUGAACUCCUUGCCAUCCCUGGAAGGAGGGAUCCCCCGCUAUGUGUUCCUCAAGAUUUCUUCCUUGCUAAUUAAGGGAGUUUUUUGCCCUCUUGGGGGGCUGGGGUCAGGGGGGUGUCAUAAAUAUGAUGCCUGCUAAGCCCUUUGAGACAGUACCUGUGAUUGAAGGCUAUAAAAAUAACAUUGAAUUUAAUUUAAUUGAGUUACUUGCCAGCCUGGUCAACUUGGUGUGCUGCAAGCCUGGUCCAAUAGGUGCGCUGCCAGUCUGGUCCACUAUGUGUGCGGCCAGUCUGGUCCACUAGGGGUGCUAAAGAGCCGAAAGAAGACGCUCGCGCUGGCCGCUAUGCGAGCAGUCAGAACCAUAAUGGCGACCGCCGCUGCAGCCGACCCGGGAUCAGCAGUCCCGACAGGGUCAAGCGGGAUUCGAAAAGUGGCGUCUCCCGAGAUGGCCAGUUCUGCAGCUGCUGCUCAGAGUAUGAAAAAGACUAUUGGUCACCGGGGUGUUGAGACCACCACUGGAGAAACCACCUACAAAAAGACCACAUCCUCAGCCUUAAAAGGUGCCAUUCAGCUGGGCAUCACUCACACCGUUGGCAGCUUGAGCCAAAAAGCAGAACGAGAUGUGCUAAUGCAGGACUUUGUUGUAGUUGAAAGCAUUUUCUUCCCCAGUGAAGGCAGUAACCUGACCCCUGCACAUCACUAUAGUGACUUUCGCUUCAAGACCUACGCCCCGAUUGCCUUCCGCUACUUCAGAGAACUGUUUGGCAUUCGACCAGACGACUACCUGUACUCUUUGUGUAACGAUGGACUGAUCGAGCUGUCCAACUCGGGCGCCAGCGGAUCCCUCUUCUACGUCUCCAGUGACGACGAGUUCAUCAUCAAGACUGUGCAGCACAAGGAGGCAGAGUUUCUGCAGAAACUCCUGCCAGGAUACUUCAUGAAUCUGAACCAGAACAAGCGGACUCUGCUGCCGAAGUUCUACGGGCUGUACUGUGUGCAGGCGGGCGGCAAGAACAUCCGCAUCGUGGUGAUGAACAACCUGCUGCCCCGCAUCGUCCCCAUGCACCUCAAGUACGACAUGAAAGGCUCCACCUACAAGAGGAGGGCCUCACCCAAGGAGAGGGAGAAGGCCGUGCCCACACACAAGGACCUGGACUUCAUCCAGGACAUGCCCGAGGGUCUGCUGCUGGAAGCGGACAAUUACAAUGCCCUCUGCAAAACCAUCCAGAGAGACUGCUUGCUCUUGCAGAGCUUCAAGAUCAUGGACUACAGCCUGUUGGUUGGCAUCCACAACCUGGACCUGGCCAGUCGAGAGCGGGAGCGUGCGGGUGGGCAGUCGGGGGACAGUGUGGGAUCGGAGGGGGCUGUGACCCCAGACCAGCGCCGACCCCAAACCCAGAAGAGUCUCUACUGCACGGCCAUGGAGUCGAUCCAGGGAGAGGCUCGGGGAAAAGGGGCCAUGGACUCGGAGGACCAUAUGGGUGGGAUCCCAGCGCGAAACGCUAAAGGAGAGCGGCUGCUGUUCUACAUCGGCAUCAUUGACAUCCUACAGUCCUAUAGGUUCAUUAAGAAGUUGGAGCACUCGUGGAAGGCCCUGGUCCACGACGGGGACACGGUUUCAGUUCACAGACCGGGCUUCUACGCUGAGCGGUUCCAGCAGUUCAUGUGUAACACAGUGUUUAAGAAGAUUCCACUUAAAGCAUCUCCAUCUAAGAAGAGCCGAGGUGGGGGGCCCGGAGGCCUGAGGAGGGCCCCUACCCUGGGGGGCCCUAUCCCGCUCUCUCAGGCGGCAGGUGACCCCAGAGCGACGUACCACAGCCAUUUCAAAAGCACAGAGGCAGACGGAGACAGUGGCAUGCAGUCGGACAGACCGGAUCUCGUACCAAGGACCCCACCCUUGGCCGAGAACGCUGCUGACUACGAGGCCAACUUGUCCACUUCCUCUCUGGGCAGCACAGGGAUGGCCUCCUCCUCUCCUCUACGACGCUCUGUGGGGGUGGAAGUGCACAAACCUGCCAACACGGAGCAUGACCAGGGUGCUUCUCACAGUUUGGGGGCAGAAUCACCGGGAAACCAUUCUGGCAACCUGUCCGGAAAUGAAGAUGUGGUUUCAUUAUCGGAUAUCAUCCCCGAGACCAACAUCUGUUUUUAAAAAGCGUUUCCGGUGUUAUCCAAGGACAAAGCGGUUCUGAGAGAAUUAUGGUGGGUGGAAGUGGAGAGAAGAGCAUCCAUAGCGGAUCCAGCCCUCCCCCUCCCCCUCCAUCCAUCCAUCGUGUCCUCACCCACGUAUGCAGUGGGUGCUGCGGCUGCUGUGAGGAGGCGGGCUGGAGGGCUGUGAACACUGGCACUAGUGACACUGAGAAGCUGCGGUGGAGGAGGAGGGGAGAGAGGAAGAGGAAAGCUGGUUUGUUGUUUGGCUCGCUGGUUGAUUGUAGGCGCUCCCCAUCCACACAAAAAGGGUGGAUGCUGCUGGACGUAAAAUUAUAUAGUUUCAUCUACAGAGAUAUCGUUACCAUGCACGCACUCGCGUCACGAGACUUCCCUGACCCGGCACAAGCAGCCAGAAUAGUCAAUUUAUUCAGUCAUCCCUUAUGCAGCAAGUUGUCAUGUUUUUUUAAACAAUAUUAUUCUUAAAUACUUUGCAAUGCUCUCACAAUCCUUGACUGACAUUCUCAAUGUGUGUGCUGUGAUGACACGUCGCUGUUGUGAUGGUGUGUGUCAUUUCAUCUAAUGGAGAGUUGGCGAUCUUUAACUUAAAGGGGCUGUGAACCCAAAACCUGUUUUUUCGCUUUAAAAGUGGUAAUAUUUGCUGCUGACCGUCAACCUAUUAAUUUAUGCCAUUUUAUCACUAACUAAAAUAAGACCGUAAUCAAGAGAAGAAAAUGAGUAAAAUCCAAUGUUUUUCCAUUCUACCCAAAACAUGUUAACGUUCCUCUCUGCUUCGAGCGCAGGUAACGGUCUUUUCGAGACCCCGAAGUGCCUGUUAGUAUACUCCUUGGCGUCAUGACCAAGGGACACCAGGGCGAGGUGUGUUUGGAUGUAGGUAGGAUGUGGGGGAGCUCUGUCUGGGAAGUGCUGGACCACGGUUACCGAAAGAGGCUUGAGUUUCACCAAUUAUGAGGCCAUGGUAUGUGCGGAUGUCUGGAGCCUGUUCUGGGCAGCCGUUGAUUUUAAAGGUCACGUCCGAGAGGGCUAGGCUUCCAGGACACCUAUUAUUCAAUUACUCAAUUGUGUGUGGAUGUGUGGAGCUCGAUCUGAGAUACGGCUUGUAUUGAUAUCCGCGUCCGAGUGAGGGUUAAGCUUCUCAGUAUAACACUACAGUGUGUGGUGCGUUUAAUAUACAACGUUGCUCAUUUUAAACCUCAUACACAACGACGGUGGGUUGGAACACGCCCCCUCUUUCCUAGCCCUUUCCUAGAUCACGAAACACAUGUUUUUAAUUCUGAGUGUUAGAAGUCCAGCUGAAACCACGAGUUCACUUGUUCUUUAACAGCUAACCAGCCUGAAAGAUGAUAGUGGUACAGCUUAUUGAGAAUACCUGGGCGGUAAAAGAGAGUAUGUGUGCGGGUUUGCGUGUGGUCAGCGUAAGUAGGUCGAUCGUUGGAUGUCAAGGGAGGCUUAACAACUUGUCAUGGGCACCAUGUUUUUCUAUCGGGACACCCUCCAUCCAUUAUAGGCCACUCUUUGUAAUGGACCAUGGUUGGAAUUUGCUGCUCCUGAUGUAAUCAUGUUUGCAUUUCAAUGAUUGAAAUGUCUGAGUGUCUGAUGUCAUAAUUAUCCUAGAGUAAAACUUGGUUUUAACUAUGAAAAAAAAAAAGAAAAGAUUGUCAAUUUGAGUUGUGUGCUCCUAUAUGUUGAGUGUCAUGGUGGGUUAGGGUCAUGAACUGUAGAUCUCCCUCUGUGCUGUGACCAUGUGUGCCGCCAUCUGUUGGAGAAUAUUGGUUAAUGUAAGGAUUAUGCAGUUGCUGGGAUAGUCCUAUAUUGUCCACUAUUGUGCCAUAAGUUCAGAGUGCCUCAACACCUUACUAAAAGUCAAUUUUCUGAUGCUGGUUAUUUCCGUAACCACAAACACUCGUCCACUUGGGUGAGGAUGUUUUAUUUCUCAAUGCUCUACUGCAUAUUGACCCUUACGGCCGACUUUGUUGAACAAAUGAAGGUCUGAAUGUCCAACCAAACGGCUGUUGAUGCCAAACAUGGAUGUCUGUCCAAGCACAGUUAUUGAUGCUUAUUCUGGUUGGAGCCCAUUUGUUUUGUGUGACACUUUUCAGAACUGGCUCCAAAAUUGCCUUAGCGUUUCCUCUCGUAGAGUAAAGUUAAAUACCCUUUUGGCAGUGUAGUUGAGGAAAAAAUACUGUUAGAUUGCGCAAGUCUGAUAAAUGUAAAAGCUUUUAUUUCUGCUGGUUACAGAAAUGAUUGUCACAAUCACUCCUGGACCAACUUGGUAUAAACAGUAUGUUUAACUUUUAUUCUUUUGAUAGUUGUAGUCAUUAGCACAUAUUAUAUUGUGUAAAUAAAUGGUGUUUUAUUUAAAUAUAAACAGAUUUGUCUGUUUUAUCUUUGUGUAUUUUGUUGUUUGAGGCUUGGAAACAAUCAGUUAUACUUUGCAUAAAAUAUCAAUUGAGAUAUUUUGCAAUCACUCGCAAUCAAUUUAGGCAAACAGUGUUUUUGAUUUUCUAAAAUUUCUUCAUGUAAAUAUGACUAGACCAUUAGGCACACCUGGUCUAUGCAUUAGAGAGGGAGAAUAAGAAAUGUGAGCAGUAGAUGGAAAAUUCCCAUGGGUCCGCAUGGUAGAGCGUUGUGAAAAUGUCCUGUGUGUUGAAGGCGGUCAUGCCCCAAAGAACCCAGCACAAACCGCAGUCACGUUGGGGCUGACUGCUUGAGAUUGCGUGAUGGUAAUGCAGUGAAGCAACCAUCCUUUGGUGAGGGAUAUUGGUGGAUUGUUGGCCCUGUGUUUUAAGACUCAAUUGAUUUUCUUUCCCCCAAGCGGGUUUUCAUGUCCUAAUGAGCUUUGCUUCGACACAUUUAAAGUUCUUUGCUCCCCACAUUCCGAAUACUUUGGGUUUUUUAUUUUGAAUAUUUUCAGUUUUUGUAGCGAUUGUUGUCCUGUCUGAUUAGUAGUGGUGUCCUGACAUUUCAUUUGAUGAAUUUAAUGUAGAAUCAUAACUAUCUUGAGUUUACUUUACUGAAAUCAGUUUUAAGUCUUAUCUUAUGAAACGGCCACCAAA